CCUUGCUCUCGCAGGCGCAGCGCCUGCUCUCCGAGGCGCAUGCACGCUGCUCCGCUGCGUUUGCUCGCUCUCCUCGCAUCCUGGACGCUGAGCGGCUCCACGGCUGCAGAUGUCCGCAUUGAGACCGCCGACCGGACGACGGGAGCCCGGCAACGACCCACCGAUGCGAGCAUGCCACGUCUCGCGCCUGCUCUUCGACGCCCCGACAAUGCUCAAUUUGUGCGGGUGCGUGAUGCUAUCAAUUUAGCCCUCGCCAAUCUCAGUCGGCGCGAGCAGCGCAGACUGCUUGCGCGUCUCGCGUGCUCACAUGCCGCGUUCAGAGACAGACAGCUGUUUGCCGCAUGCAAAGACAUGCUACACCAGCCAAAGGACACGCGUUGGCGCACCUUGCUCAACCACGUGCUCAACGAGUCGUCCAUCUCGCAGAGGCCGAGGAAGGGCUGCACCUCGAACCUUCCCGGGACGACGCCAGUUUGCCGCAAGCAGAAGGUUAUGCUGCUGCACUUUUCAAAGGCGUCGGGCUCCGCUGUAUGCAGGCUGGCGCAAGCUGCAGGCUGCACCACGUGGGCCAGCGACGGCAACUGCGGUCGUCGCCAGCGGGAAUACGCCGAUGGGCCGUGGUGGAUCCCGGUUUCACAUGCUCAGAGCGCGUGGGAGAGGUCACGGUUUGCCUACCCCGACGCAAUCGCGCGCAUGGGCAGCGGCAGAAGCAACUGCUCAGAGCGGCUCGCGAGGGCUCCGCAGUUCCACGCCGUCGAGAGCACCCUGCCCGGCGGCGUGCCCUGCCCCGGCUUCUUCACACUCGCGAUGUUGCGGCCGCCGCUCGAGCGGAUGGUGUCUCACAGCUUUGAGCUGGCACGCUGGGGCCUGGUGCGUCCGCGAAAGCAGGGAUUCUGCUCCAACUACAGCCACAUGCGCCGCCUCGCGCCGGCAGUCUACGACAACUACUACCACCGCGUCCUGCUCGGCGAGCGCGUGCUCGGCCUGCCGCCCGGGGCCAUCACCUCAGCGCACUUGGCCGAGGCCAAGCGGGUGCUCUCAAGCCUGCAGCUCGUCCUGUUGAGCAACGACGCCUCGACGCCCGCAACGCUGCAGCGAGCGACAGGCAUCGCCAAUUUCACCGCGUGCCGCGACACCACGCGGCCUGCGCCCUGCGCCAUGUCCGACGAGGACAGCGAGCGAGCCCGUCGCGACAACGCGCAUGACCUGGCCCUAUAUGCCUACGCGGAGCGGCUGGCGGCGCAACACGUCGCAAAGUGGGGCGCAGGCAUGGGCUAGAGUCAAAAGUGUCCCUGCGGAUAUCUCUCUCGGGACGAAGAUCGAACAAGCAAUUUUUAAACGGAA